CCGCACCGGGACCCGCCGUAAAGAGCCGCCGCCGCCGCCGCCGCCUCCACUUCCCCGCCGGGCGCAACCCGGGACGCACCCACGGGAGACGGCGGAGACGGGAGGGGAGGGACCGUGGGAGGGCAGCCCCUCUCUGCCAGGGGGUCCCGGUUGUUUUGGAUUGUUUUUUCUCCUCCCUCUCCCGUAAACUUUAUUCUUUUUUUUUUUAUUAUUAUCAUUAUUUUUAUUUCCCUGGGAUUUCCCUGGAUGGUCUGAGCGCAGCUUCAUGCCCACCUGGCCAUGCCCUGCUUCGCUCCCGGCCCGCUGCCAUGUUGCUCUGAGUGAGCCCCUCGGUAACGUCGGGGAGCAGCCGGACGGGCCCUGAGCAGCCGCCGAGGACGGAACAUGUACCAGGGCCUGGCCCUCGCCCCUAACCAUGGCCAGUCGGCUUAUUCCCACGACUCCAGCAACUUCCUCCACUCGUCGGCCGGCUCGCCCGUCUACGUGCCCACUACCCGGGUACCCUCUGUCCUCCAGACGCUGCCCUACCUGCAAAGCUGCGAGCCGCACCAGAGCCACCUCGCCAACCCUCCGGGCUGGGGGCAGAGCAGCGGCGAGGCCGCCGCUUUCAACGCCGGCAGCCCCCACCCACCGUCAGGCUUCUCCUACUCCCACAGCCCCCCGGGCAGCAGCCCCCCGGGCCGCGACGGUGCCUACCAGGGGCCCCUGCUGCUGGGCGGCGGGGGCCGGGAGCAGUACGGCAACGCCUUGGUGCGCUCCGUUAACGGGUCUUACUCCAGCCCCUACCCCGCCUACGUGACCCCCGAGAUCCCGCCUUCCUGGACGGCCGGACACUUUGAGAGCAGCGUUCUGCACAGCCUGCAGACCAGGCAGGCGGCUUUACCCGGCCGCAGGUCCACCUUCGAGUACUUGGAGGAGUUCCCUGGGGACGGCCGGGAGUGUGUGAACUGUGGGGCCAUGUCCACGCCGCUCUGGAGGAAGGAUGGCACCGGGCACUACCUGUGCAACGCCUGCGGGCUCUACCACAAGAUGAAUGGCAUCAACCGGCCACUCAAGCCACAGAAGAGGCUGUCUUCAUCUAGACGUGCUGGCCUAUGUUGCACUAACUGCCACACAACCAACACCACCCUCUGGAGAAGGAACGCUGAAGGGGAACCCGUCUGCAACGCCUGCGGCUUGUACAUGAAGCUCCAUGGGGUACCACGACCUCUGGCCAUGAAAAAGGAAAGCAUCCAGACGAGGAAAAGGAAGCCUAAAAACAUUACCAAAGGCAAAACCUCAACAGGGUCUACAACUUCGGCCACUAACUCCCCUUCUUCCAUCACGAACUCAGACAGCACGGUCACUUUAAAGUCAGAGCCCAGCACGACCUCACAGUAUCCCGGACAAACCAUCGUGUCGGUGUCCCAGGCACAGAGCCAGUCAGACGAGGCACUGGCCAGCAGCCACGGUGAGUUCAAAUUCGAGCCCGAGGACUACACCUUCUCCCCCAGCACCAUGGCCCCCCAGCCAGGGCUGAGCGUGCCGCUCCGGCAGGACUCCUGGUGUGCCCUGGCACUUGCCUAGAAGUUGGCACUUGCCAACUUCCAGCAAAAAGCCUCGGGAGCAACGUUUUUGGCUGGCCCUACGAACAGCCGGCGGGCAGGACGAGGGGCUGCCCCAGUGCGUCGGGACUGAGGGCUGUCGGGACACGGCUGCACAACAGGUUUCUCUCAGAGGAUGCGUGUGGGAAACUCUGACUGGAUGGGGCUGGGAUGGCUCUGCUGUGACAAUGGGUCCCCCCCAGGAAGCUCAUCCUCCUCCCUGAAGCCAGAGCCUCGGGGCUGCCUUUAUUUUCCUAGGGAAAGCCUUCCUCCUUUGAGAUGAAACCAGCAAAUAAAUGCAUCCCAGAAUCUAUGUUUAUUCGCAGUGAUUUCUCUCUCCUAUGACUCCUCUGUGUGCAAUUUAUUCCACUUUCCAAUAAAGACUGUAAUAACGUGGCACCAAAUAAUGUUAUUAAAAUGUAAACUCUGUGGCCUCCCUUAUGUUUUAUUGGCCACAACAGGAGGAAAAGAGAAAGACCAACAAAAAAAACCCCCAACAGUUGUUUUAAACAUAUACUGUUUUAUAUUAAGAACUAUCAUCUCUAUAGAGUGUUAGCUUCUGAAGCCUUUGGCGUAUCAACACUGAGUCAUACAUGAAAUAAACACGCUGCUCUUCCCUUUCCAGCUCCCAACAAAGAUUUUUUAUUGUUAUUAUUAUUAUUUCAGGCAAACCACAUGACAAAAAAAAUGGUCAAAAGCUCCCAAUA